AUGUCUUUCCUCACGAGAGUUUUGACAACGGCAUGCAAGCAGCCACUUGAAUGGGAGAGGACUUACUUCUACCAGGAGCUUUUUGCCUGCGGGUUUCACCAGCUGCCCAAGCUUUCCAGCAGCCCGUCGCUGGAGGUGCCGGACAAGUCGCCGGGGGCGGCAGCCAACAAAGCCCCGGGGCCGGCGGCGGGCUCGGGGGACGCAGGGGGGCUGCUGGAGCCCCCCCGGCAGCGGCUCGGCAGGGUGAAGAGCCUGCAGGAAAUGCCGGGACCCAACACCCUCUACAAUCUUUACGAGUUCUUCUGGAAGGACGGCUUCGGCCGCAUUCAUGAGAUCCAGCAAAAACACACUCAGGAAUACGGAAAGAUCUUCAAGUCUCACUUUGGUCCCCAGUUUGUUGUAUCCAUUGCAGAUCGAGAUAUGGUUGCUCAAGUCCUCCGAGCAGAAGGUAGAGCACCACAAAGAGCUAACAUGGAAUCAUGGCAGGAAUACAGAGACUUGCGAGGAAGAGCAACGGGACUUAUUUCUGCGGAGGGGGAACAAUGGCUAAAAAUGCGAAGUGUACUGAGGCAAAAAAUUCUGAAACCCCAAGAUGUGGCUGUUUACUCUGGAGGAGUCAAUGAAGUUAUCACGGAUUUGAUUAAAAGGAUCCACACCCUCAGAAGUCAAGAGGAUGAUGGGGAAACAGUGACCAAUGUUAACAACCUUUUCUUCAAGUAUUCAAUGGAAGGUGUGGCAACUAUUCUGUAUGAAUGCCGGUUGGGCUGCCUGGAAAACAACAUCCCACAGCAGACUGUUGAAUAUAUUGAGGCUCUGGAAUUGAUGUUUAGUAUGUUUAAGACCACUAUGUAUGCAGGUGCUAUUCCCAAAUGGCUUCGUCCUCUUAUUCCAAAACCCUGGAAAGAGUUCUGCAGAUCCUGGGACGGACUCUUCAAAUUUAGUCAAAUCCAUGUUGACAACAAACUGAAGGCUAUUCAGUCUCAACUGGACCAAGGAGAAGAAGUGAAUGGUGGGCUACUUACAUACCUCCUAGUGAGUAAGGAGCUUACUUUGGAGGAGAUUUAUGCCAAUAUGACUGAAAUGCUGCUGGCAGGAGUGGACACAACUUCUUUUACUUUGUCCUGGGCAACAUACUUGUUGGCAAAGCACCCUGAGGUUCAACAACGUGUUUAUGAAGAAAUACUCAAUAACCUGGGGAAAGACCAAGUUCCUGUUGCUCUUGAUGUUCCCAAAUUGCCCUUGAUUAGAGCUGUGCUGAAAGAAACCCUGAGGUUAUACCCAGUGUUGCCAGGAAAUGGAAGAGUGACCCAGAAAGAUUUGAUUGUUGGAGGAUACUUGAUACCUAAAGGGACACAGCUGGCACUCUGUCAUUAUGCGACUUCAUACAGUGAAGAGAAUUUCCCAAUGGCAAAUGAGUUUCGACCUGAGCGCUGGCUGAGGAAAGAUAAUUUGGACAGAGUAGACAAUUUUGGUUCCAUCCCCUUUGGUUAUGGCAUUCGAAGUUGUAUUGGAAAAAGAAUUGCAGAACUGGAAAUUCAUCUUGCACUGAUUCAGUUGCUUCAGAAUUUUGAAAUCAACAUUUCUCCCAAAACUGAACCAGUUCAUGCCAAAACCCAUGGACUUUUGACACCUGGAGACUCCAUCAAUGUGAGAUUUUCUGACAGAAAGUGAGACUCAACUGUUUUGGAAAUACUUGUGUGUUUUUUGUGGAAACAGGCUUGUAUCUUAUGGAUGUUUGAUCGUGUGUGUUCUCUGGUUUGUACUUACUUGGCAAAAUGAUCAAGUAUUAUGCUCUGCCUUAGACCCAGCAGAACAUAAAAGAAGUUACCUCUCCUAUAACAGACAAUUACAUGCUAAAGGCAUGAAGAUACAUGCUAAAAUAAUUCCUCCUUGCACUGAAAUUCUCUAUUUUUCUUUAUUUCGAACUGUAACAACACAUGUAUUGAAAAACACAAAGUGAAAUUCAGACAUGUUGGUGUCAUUCAGUAGUUUUAUUACACUGCUUUGUCAUAAAAGUUAAUUACUCAUGUGAGUCUGUUUGAGAGCAAGAGGAUUACUCUAUGAUAUAUGCAAAUUAGCUGCAUUUAUGAGUUUGCGUUUUUGUUUCAUGUCCUCCAGUGUGCAUUUUAAAAAUUUCCACAUAACAUUGAAAUUGAGAUCAUUUUUCUCUUGUCUGUAAAAACAUUUACACUACAUAUACUUAACGAUAUGAAAAGUAAUGACUGAAAAAAAUACAACUUGUCAACUUGCCUAGACUCAAAAUUCGGAGCAAUUUACAAUUUAUCCAAACAUAAUUCCCAUAAAAAGUUUCUAUAUGAUUAAAAAAAAAUCUUAAGAGUUUAAAUGUCAUAUUGUAUGUAGAGUCAUGAACCUAGACAUUGUUCUUAUCACCAAAGCAAAAGCUGAGUGG